AUGAAUAUCCUUCACUUUACCCUAACAAUAAAGACAACAUUAUGAUAACAAAGGAAGAAAUUUUAGCUUGUAUUAAUUCGGUAAAUUUAAAUGUGAAUCCAUACGAAACCCUUUGGAGAGGCAAAGUAGAAAGUUAUAGCGAAAAGAUCCAAGGGUUUGUAAACAAAGAAAAAAUAUCUGUCAUUAAAUUGCGAGAUAUUGCCGAUGGUCAAACGUAUAAACUAGUAAAGAAAACUUCUGAUUUAAGCGCCGAUUUAUUAGUUCGUCUUGAAAGAAAAUGUCAAGUUUAUUAUCUUUGGUCGAGAACUAAAUUGUACGGCAGUGAGUCUUUCGUCUUUGAAGGAAAUUGGCGUAACAUUAACUAUUAUUGGACCCUUUUUCCUCAGGAAGACUUUGAAGGAAGUUUCCCUUAUUCUUUAAAUGAACAUUUAGUAAAAAAUUUUCUUAUGAACGAAAAAUUGGUAUCUUUAAAAGAAGAAAAUGCUUCCUUAACUAAGCAACUCCGCCAAUCAGAGGAACAGAAUCUUCAACUACAACGGUUGUUGGGACAAUUUCAAGAGCAACAAAUACAAAUAAAACAAGAGGAAAUAGAACAAACCGUUUAUAAUGCUAAAAUAAAAAUUGAGGAAUUGCAAACUCUUCUUACUAACUUGCGAAUGUAACAUCACUAAAUUAUAAAUACGAUCAAUUAUAUAAUUGAAUCGUUAAUUUCUUUUAACUAAUGUAACCUUCAAUCGUCCAUUUCCCAUUCUGAGCAGAUUUAUUUACUAUAUAACUAUUAUUUUACUUACAUUUAAUUUAGUAUAUUGCGAAUUAUUUUAUCAUUAUUAUUUAUUAGUUACAUC